AUGGCUGACCCAGAACCAACAAAGCCCGCCCCAGAGGCACUUAUCUCCAAGUUCCAGGUGAACAAGCUCCUCAAACAGGACCAAAAUGGCCGCCGAAUCGCUCUCCUGGGCACAAUUGAUGGAGAGCAGGGCAUAUUAAUGGCUGAGCGUGCGGCCUUUGCCACAGAAUCUCUCCCUGUGCUCCAAGCUUUCCACGCCGCCAUCACACGAGUCAACAAUCUAGGCGAUAACGAUAUCUAUCGUUGGUACCUCGCCUCCUCCAACGGCAAAAGCACAGCAGACCAGACCCCUACCCCCGCGGAAGCAGCAGCCUACACUCCACCGCAGCAGGAUCUCAAAUUAAAUCUCAUCUGGCCGUGCACCGCAUCCCACAUCAAGAAGUACUCUGACCAACAGCUGCGCAUGGUCACUGAGACUCCAGCUAUCUAUCGUGACUAUGUCCGACCUUAUAUGCAAGCCAAACGCGAGGAAGGGCGGCUCAAUUGGGUGUUCAAUAUCCUUGAGGGACGUACCGAACAGGAAGAUGUCAUCAUGCGAGAUGAUGGGCAAAGCCCCGAGGAUGCUUUCUUGAUGUUGCCCGAUCUCAAUUGGGAUCGCAAAACGAUGGGAUCACUACAUUUGCUGGCACUGCUGCAUAGACGCGAUAUCUGGAGCUUGCGAGACCUGAAGAAGAGCCAUGUACCUUGGUUGCGGUAUUUACGAAAGCGCGUUCUGGAGGCAACGGUAUCCAUGUAUCCGAACUUGGAAGAAGAUCAGUUGAAGCUCUAUGUUCACUACCAACCAACCUAUUACCAUUUCCACGUUCAUGUGGUGAACGUCAUGCUCGAGGCUGGCGCCACACAGGCAACUGGUAAGGCAUUUGGAUUGGAAAAUCUGAUCUCACAGCUCGAGAGUAUGACUGGGGGCGAGAAUGCCAGUUUGGCAGAUGUGGACUUGUCAUAUCACUUAGGUGAAGCAAGUGAGCUGUGGACAGACAUAUUUGGGCCCUUGAAACAGGGCAAGCAACCUGGUCAAUAG